AUGGAAAUAGCAAAUCACGUCUCCACCUCCAUCUCUCCAGCUCCACAUCGCCACCUCCAUCUACCGUCGACGCCACUGCUCUCGCCGACGUCUCCAACAGAUAAUAACCCGGGUAGAGCUUACUAUUCAUCUCGUGGGUGUACCUUUUUUCGAUGGGCGGAUUUGCUCUUAGUGUGUCCUGGGUGUAAAAAAGGCUACUGUUAUGCAUGGGAGCAAGAAGACGGUGUAUUAUAUAAGACUGCGGCUUUAAGAAGCUCGUGCCCAAAGUCCAAGUUCUCAAGGACCUUCCACACCCUAUUCUGGAUCUGCCGGAAGUCAUGGAAAAGCAAUCAUAGUGAUCCGUUCAUCAUUACUAUACUUCAAAAAAAUGAGGACCAGCAACUCAUCGCUGAAGAUAUGAACCCUAAAUUUCUGCAAAGGUUCUGCCUUGAAAUGCCCAUCGGCUACGAUGCUGCUGCCUCUUCUUUCAUUCACGAAGAAGAAGAUGAUGAGAGUGAGAUCAUAUUCAUGGUUUUACGCACUCAAGAAUGGUAUGCAGAUGAUAUCUGGUACAUUGACAGUGGUUGUAAUAACCAUAUGACUGGUCACAAAGAGUUAUUUACAAAUAUGGACACUGAUCUCAAGAAGGAAGUAAGGACUGGUGAUGGCAAGAUCCUGGGUGAGCAGGAAAUAAGAGAAAUAACAGUCAACACGAAGAAGGGAAGGAAAGGGUUAAAGGGUAUUGUGUGA